GUGCAUGCUGGGAAGGCAAACAACUUUCAGGCGAUGGCCGGUCCGCCCGAUCUAGAUCGUUCGUUGUGAUGUGUAGCAAUGCGGAAGUGGGGAAAAUCGUAAACAACUCAACUAAUAAUUAGUGCCGUGUGAAUUUUGCUUUCCAUGUGGUAUAGCUCUAUAUUUACGUCAAUAGCUUGAAGGAUUGCUUUUUUGAAGUUCAUCUGAUCUACUUUUGCCAAAAGAUUUGAAGAAGAUGGAACCCAUCAGAAGCACCAGCCGUUCAACAUUGAAUGUUACGAUACCCAGUGAGAUUGAGGGCAGCGAUGGUAGCCCCCUCCAAAUAGGAGGUCAAGAGGUCACUCAGGGGUCAGAUCAUGGGUCAAGGAGCUCACUGCCCAAGAAGACCCAACCCAGCCCUGUACUUCAACAGAGGGAAUUGACAGAGAUCCUAGCAGCUCGUGCCAUUGAGAGAUGUUGGUGUUCCUAUAGAGACCGGCAGAUGUUUAAGCUUCUCAAGCAUGCCAUCUGUGCAGCAGAGCAUUCACUUACCCAUGAGAUUCUCCGUAAAGUCAGUCCCAUGGAAGCCAAGCUCAUUAGAGACCCUAGCUUACGAGCACGGGUGCGCUUCAGGUUUGCAGGGUCUGAAUUUCCACCCAUAAUUCUCUUCAAGGUGUUCACUCACACAGAAGGUACAGGGCUCCAGUACCUGAGCGGCAAACGCUGCAUACAGCCUGCAUCCGAUGCUGCAGUGGAUGCGUGUCGUAUGAUGGGCCAUCGCAAGUUCUAUGACCAGCUCAUAGCAGACACUUGCCAGCAUGAGCGAGACAAGAUAACCAGUGAGGUUGACGUGACUACAGUUAAGGACUAUAUGAAGUAUCUGAGCAAGUUGGAUGAGAUGCCAUCCUACAUGGGAGGCAGGGAGAACCUAUGGAGAAAACUGGAUCAGUCUGUUUUGCCCAGGACCACCAUCUUGUAUGAUGUGAUAGACUACCUGAACAGGGGUGGUAACUCCCCAUCAGUGAGACUACAGGCUGAAAUGCCCAUGCUCACAGCCAGGCCGGUCACGGAAGAAAUGCAACGAGAGCAUGUAAGGAUCAUCUCGGAACUACGAGAACCAUUAGCGAUACCCAUUGCGUCCCCUACUUUCAAGCCGUCAAGCUCCCGAGCCAGCACAUCUGGCCACACAUCCAGGCGUUCCAAACAAGCCAAGCAAAGAGCAUCCAGGAUGAGAAAAAUGUACAUGGAAGGCAAAGCGGAGUCAAGAGGUGAGAAUCCCUCCGAUGACGAAGCUGUCGGUACGGUAGCCGCCGCCCAGGUGAUGUCAGAGGACUUCGAUGAUGACAGAAUGCUGGAUGAUGAUGCAGAAGAGGAAGAAUGGCAAAGAGAAGCAGAUCAACUGUAUGCGUGGACGCAGGACUUGUCUUAUGAGGACAUUGGGCUGACAACACCGUGCUGACACAGAAUUGUGAGGACCUCAGUUCUGCUAUUUAGAGACAUUCUUCUGUGUGGCCCCUCAGUUCUGUAAUUUGGAGACUGCGUGCUGUGAGGACCUCAGUUUUGUAAUUUGGAGUCAUUCUAAUGAGGAUCCAGUUCUGCAAUGUUGAGACAUUCUGCUGUCAGGACCCGACAUGAGGACUUUGGGCUGACGACACCUUGCUAGCACAGGAAAGUGAGGACCUCGGUUCGGUUACAUGUAUUUGGAGACAUCAUACUGACUAUGCUUUACAAACACCAGACUUGCUACACCUUGGGCACGUUUACAUCAGUGGUGUGCAUGAUCACAGGACCUGUCAUAUGAGGACACCUUGCUGGCACAGGAAAGUCAGGCCAUAAGAGUUACUAUACCCAGGAAUGCCAGGAUAUGUUCACAUCAGGUGUUAGCGUGGAUAGAGGACCUGCCAUAUGAGGACAUUGAGCUGACGACACCUUUAAUACUAACAUGUUAAUUAAAUGUGAGGACAUUGGUUUAUAGAGUAAUUAGCCUUUCACUGUAGAAUCGUGUCAACACAGCUUGUGAAAUAUUGUCCAAUUACAUGA